AUGGAGAGCGGCGCCGCGGGGGGCUUGGACGCCGCCGUCUUCCUGGGCGCCUGGAAGCGCUUUGAUGCCGACGACAAUGGUUACAUAGAAGGGAAGGAGCUUGACAAUUUUUUUCAUCAUCUUGUGGAGACACUGGGCCCCGAAAACACCAUAACAGAAGAAAAAGUUCAGCAGAUGAAGGAACAAUUCAUGGCUGCCUACGAUGUCACCACUGAUGGACGCCUGGAAAUCCAAAAGCUUGCAAAUAUGAUCUUGCCAGAUGAUGAGAACUUUCUGCUACUUUUCCGACGGGAAACUCCCUUGGACAACAGUGUGGAAUUCAUGCGGAUCUGGCGCAGUUACGAUGCUGAUAGCAGUGGAUUUAUUUCAGCUGGUGAGCUCAAAGAUUUUCUGCGAGAUCUCUUUUUGCAGCACAACAAGACAAUUGCUGAAGCAAAGCUAGAAGAAUAUACUGAUACCAUGAUGAAAAUCUUUGACAAAAACAAAGAUGGACGGCUGGACCUGAAUGACCUAGCAAGGAUUCUGUCACUCCAGGAAAAUUUCCUUCUUCAAUUUAAAAUGGAUGCUUGCAGCACAGAGGAAAGGAGGAGAGAUUUUGAGAAGAUCUUUGAACACUAUGAUGUUAGUAAAACAGGAGCACUUGAAGGCCCAGAAGUGGAUGGGUUUGUCAAAGACAUGAUGGAACUGGUCAAGCCCAGCAUUAGUGGGGUGGACCUGGACAAGUUCCGCCAGAUCCUGCUCAACCACUGCGAUGUCAACAAGGAUGGGAAAAUUCAGAAAUCUGAGCUGGCUUUGUGUCUUGGGCUUAAAAUAAACCCGUAGCUGGGACAGUGCUUAUGGUUGUGUUUCCCUUGUGAGAAUUGCCUGCUGCUCCUUGUAGAAGUGUUUCUGUGGUGCCACGUGAGUGGUGGGGAG